AAAGCCCCCAGCCGGGAGCGGCGGCCGCGUCCGGAGGAGAGCUGCAGGAGGGGGGACCGGGCCUCUCUGCCUCCCCCUCCGCCGGGCUGCCCAGGAUUUAUUGGAGCGUUUGUUCGGUGCCAUUAAAGUUGCUCUGAUGAUGUUACCAAGCCCGGUCACCUCCACACCUUUCUCCGUCAAAGACAUUUUGAACCUGGAGCAGCAGCAGCAGCAGCGGCAGCAGCAGCAGCAGCAGCAGCAGCAGCAGCAGCAGCAGCAGCAGCAGCAGUACCAUUUGCAGUCGGACUUGGAGCCUCACUUCCACCCCCCGUCCUCCUGCAUGCUGGCGGCCGGGGAGGGCGGCCCGUUCUCCGACGGCGGGGAGGACGAGGAGGACGAGGAGGGGGAGAAACUGUCCUAUCUGAACUCCCUAGCCGCUCCCGAGGGCCACGGGGAGGCGGGGAUCUGCCCCGAGAGCUUUGUCCACACGGUCCUCCGGGGCUCCUGCGGGCCCCCGGACCCAGAAGAGGAGACCGAGGUGGUGAGAGACCGGAGCCAAAAGAGCUGCUCGCUGAAGAAGCCCCUGGAGGCGGGCGACUGCAAGGCGGAGGAAGGCGAGCGUCCCAAGGCGCGGAGCCGUCGGAAGCCCCGGGUGCUCUUCUCCCAGGCGCAGGUCUUCGAGCUGGAGCGGCGCUUCAAGCAGCAGCGUUACCUGUCGGCGCCCGAGCGGGAGCACCUGGCCAGCAGCCUGAAGCUCACCUCCACGCAGGUGAAGAUCUGGUUCCAGAACCGGAGGUACAAGUGCAAGAGGCAGCGGCAGGACAAGUCCCUGGAGAUGGGAGGCCACGGGCCCCCGCCGGCCCCGCCGCCCCCGCCCCCGCCGCCCCGCAGGGUGGCCGUGCCCGUCCUGGUGCGGGACGGGAAGCCGUGCGUGGCGGGGGGCCAGAGCUACAACGCGCCUUACGGCGUGGGGGCCAACCCCUACUCCUACAACGCCUUCCCCGCCUACGGCUACGGCAACUCGGCCGCCGCCGCCGCCGCCGCCGCCGCCGCCGCCGCCGCCGCCGCCUACGGGGGCAACUACGGCUGCUCUUACCCCGCGGGCGCCGGGGCCCCCUCCGUCCAGACCCCCGCCGGCAGCGCGGGCGGGGGGCCCUUCGUCAACGUGGGCAACCUGGGCGGCUUCGGGGGCGCCGCCCAGCCGCUGCAGGGCUUGCACCAGGGCGGGGCCGUGCCCGCCUGCGCCCAGGGCACCUUGCAGGGCAUCCGGGCCUGGUAG